UAUAGAUUGCACAUUUAUUCUUCUCAGCAAUUUAUAUCAUAUUCAUAUCAUCAUAUGCAUAUGGUGGAGUUCCAUUUAUAACUUCAGGAGUCAGGAUCUUCUCUCUCUCUCUCUCUCUUGAUUGCCGGUAGUGAGAGAAAGCGAGGGGAUGACUUCGUAUCUGCGGCAGAAGUUUCAGUCUCUGACAUUCUCCUCGGAGUCCGAAGAUGCAAAAGAGGGGGAGCUCAACUCUGAGAAUAGAGAAGAAAUUGAGCGUAGUAGAAUUCAAAGUAUGAAAGCGCUUGUCCUAAAACAAGAUCCCUCUGCUAAGGAUGUGGAUGAGUUGAUGUUCCGUAGAUUUCUUCGGGCUCGUGAUCUUGAUGUUGAGAAGGCAUCAGCUAUGUUUCUGAAGUAUUUGAAAUGGAGGAGAGAAUUUGUUCCAAAUGGCUUCAUAUCUCCAUCAGAAAUUCCUAAUGAUCUGGCCCAAAAUAAGUUAUUUAUGCAAGGAUAUGAUAAGGCUGGACGCCCAAUUGUCCUCGUUUUCGCUGCCCGGCAUAAGCCUGCAUCCACUAAUGUGGAAGAGUUUAAGCGAUAUGUUACUUUCAGUCUUGACAAAAUUUGUGCGAGAAUGCCUAGUGGACAUGAGAAGUUCACUUCCAUUGCUGAUCUAGAGGGAUGGGGUUACUCUAACAGUGACAUUCGAGGAUAUCUUGCUGCUCUAUCUAUUCUGCAAGAUUGCUACCCCGAGAGGCUGGGCAAGUUGUUGAUCAUCAAUGCGCCCUACAUAUUUAUGACUGCAUGGAAGAUGGUUUAUCCGUUUAUUGACAAAAACACAAAGAAAAAGAUUGUUUUCGUAGAGGACAAAAAACUGCGAGCUACUCUGCUCCAAGAUAUCGAUGAGAGUCAGCUUCCCAAUUGCGUUGGAGGGCCAUUGAAGUUGGUACCCAUUCAGGUGUGCUGAUACGGAUCGAGUAGAGAGGCUACUCAUAUUUGAACAUUAUUAAUUUGUUACAAUAUAAUCUUGUAAUUCUAUAUCAAUUACCACACAUUGCCUCCCAUAUAAACACAAUCCUGGCACUUGACAUACAAAAACUGACAGGAUCUAUUCAUAAUGAUCCCUUAUUACAUUUGAGUUAAAUAACACGUUUCAGAAACCAAAA